GAAUCCUCCCAUGGGAAUGCAUCAAAUGCCUUCUCUCUCUGGUGGAGCGUGCUCUUCCAGCAAAGGGGCUGAACUGGUGAAGCGAUUCCACCUUCACAGGGGAAACUGAAGUGCACCUGAGUCACCACUGAAGCUGGGAAAUAGCCCAUUUCCAUCCUCUAGCCCCUUCCUGAAACAGGAUUCCAAAGCAAAGUUCACCACCUCCCAGAGAACCUGGGGCAAAAUCAGGCAGGUGCAAAUGCUGGAAAAUCAGCUGGUUUUGUCCCUCUCCUUUCUGCACCCCCAGGCUUCACCACAGGGGACUUUCCCUCUUGAGUCACAGAAUGACUUGCGCUUUGAGAGCCACAAAGGUACAUGGAUGCGGCCUCUAUUUAAGGGCUUCCUUCCCCAGCAGCUGGAUCCACCAUCUCCACCAGACGGCAGAAGAUGACUUCAUCCCCAGGUCUUGGGUUCCAGUUCUCCGGCCUCUUCUUGGUCCUGCUCUGCAGCUGCACCGGUUUCCAAGGGACAGAUGCAAGCUUCCGUGCUGUUAUCAACUCUACCCUGCAAAUCAGAGCUUCCUUGGGGCAAAGUUUCCGUGUCCCCUGUGAGGGCUCCUCGGCCUUUCGAAGCAGCAGCAUAUACUGGCUGGCCAACAGCUCCUUCGUAGAAGACUUGUACCCGGAUGGGGUGGUGAGCGAGGAGGAAGCCAGAGAGAGGAGCCAGGGGCCAGGCCGUCGCCACCUCCUGUGCCGGGAGCUGUUCUUCCACUCUUUCUCCGAGCGGGACCAGCGGACCAACUUCAGUUGUGUCAUCCUUGACCCAGCGGGGCCAGCCCAGAAGAACCUCACCUGGCUGCAGCCGGAGGAGAACAGAGGGAGCGGCAGCGGAAUGCUGGAAAAGCCUUAAAAGGGAGCUCCAGCUACCUGAGCCACCGUCUCUCCAAAGCCACGGCCCCCAUUUCUACACCACAGAAGAUGGAAAGCAGACAGAUGUGGCAGCAAAACACCUUUCCUGGAGGAUAUCAUGGCUACGCCCAGCUCCAAAUUGCACGUUGGGCCGUUUGAAAUAAAACAUAUUUACAAUCUCCAA